UCACGACGGCAAGUGCAUUUAAACUAAAAAACGGACGUGUGUUAAAUCAAUUUCUUAGUCACACACAUUUCGCGAAAAUGCCGUUAAUUAUAAUAUGUGGUUUUCCAUGCAGCGGCAAAAGUCGUCGAGCUAACGAAUUAAGGCAUUACUUCGCCGAAAAUACAGAUAAACAAGUUGACAUAAUUGGAGAUGAAAUGCAGAGCAUUGAUAAGAACUCAAUGUAUGCAGACUCGCAGAGAGAGAAAAAUCUGAGAGGUUCUUUGCGGUCUGAAGUCGAGAGGAAAAUCAACAAAGAUGAUAUUGUUAUUCUGGAUUCAAUGAAUUACAUUAAAGGUUACAGAUAUGAACUCUUUUGUCUCAUAAAGCAUGUACAGACACCACACUGUUUGGUCUACUGUUUGACAUCUGCUGCACUGAGUGCAGAGUGGAACAAGGAAAGAGAAGCAAAUUAUCAAUAUUCCCAGGAAAUUAUGGAUGCUCUAAUUCUGAGAUUUGAAGCCCCCGAUUCAAGAAAUAGGUGGGAUAGUCCUCUCUUUACUGUUCAGAAAGAGGACAAACUUCCAUUUGAAGCCAUUUCUGAUGCUAUUUUGAAAAGAAAAGUACCACCUCCUAACCAGUCUACACAAAGUUCACAGAAGCAAACAACUCUUGGACAGCGAGUCGAUGACAGCUUUGUUCUGUUACUAAGUCUAUUGUCAGAGUGUUCCAAGCCAGAAAUUGAUAUUUUCACAAUACCUUAUACCCAAACAACUAUUGAGAACUACACUUAUGUCGAAAUACCUCCACUUUCUGCUUUGACUGACAACAGACCACUGGAUUUCUUCAUGGCAAGAAACGGUAUUUUGCUGGUUGGAGAGGAGACGACAUAAGCGGUGGGAGAGGAAGUGAAAGUGCUGCAAUCAGGCGGGUGUCCGUGCUAGGCUAAAGGCUAACCCCAGAUGGCCAUUCUCCUGUCCAUUCUACUUUCAAAUGUCUGCUCCCUGGACAAUAAAUUGGAUUUCAUUCGACUACAGUGGACCACGCCGCGAUAGUUUAGAGACUGCUGCGUCUUUGUUUUCAUGGAGACAUAGCUCAGCGACAGAGUUCUGGAUGCCGCCAUCCAGCUAGAUGGGCUUACCACGUUUUGUGUCGACAGAAACGCAGCUCUGUGCGUCAACACUCACGGGUGGCGUGUGUGUUCAUAUCAACACAGAAUGGUGCAAGAAUUCUGUGCUUGUCUCCUGCUUUUGCUCAUCGCUAGUGGAGUUCGUGACUAAGAUACAGUCCAUUUUAUUUACCAUAGGAAUUCACCACUGACCACUGAUCAAUGAGAGUGGUGAACACGCUGGAUCUUGUUUACAUCAUCUCCACCACCACACUGAGCAGUGGGGCCCCUCACGGCUGUGUGCUCAGCCCUCUGCUGUUCA